CAGACAAUAUAAACAACAGAAACUUUUUAGGGCCUGCAUUUUGAAACCGUGUGUCUCAUCUCAACAAAAACAUGGCAGCCACUGCUGCAAAAGCCGCGUUCACAACCACCAUCUCUUCCUCUUCACCACAAUCACUUCCAAACCAAAACCACGUUUUCAGAAUCACUUACCCAUUUUCCACUUACCCAAACACUCCCUUCAAACUCAACCACCGCUCUCUCAAAAUCUCCGCUUCCGUCUCCAACCCUACUCAAAAAACCACUCCCAUCCCCUCACCCGAACAAUUCAUUUCCCGAUUUGCCCCUAACGAACCUCGAAAAGGCGCCGACAUCCUCGUCGAAUCACUCGAACGUCAGGGAGUUACAAAUGUCUUCGCUUACCCCGGCGGCGCUUCAAUGGAGAUUCAUCAAGCACUCACGCGCUCCACCGCCAUUCGUAACGUCCUCCCUCGUCACGAACAAGGUGGAAUCUUCGCUGCCGAGGGUUACGCUCGUUCCUCUGGUCUACCUGGUGUCUGCAUCGCCACUUCCGGCCCUGGUGCCACUAAUCUUGUCAGUGGACUUGCUGAUGCUAUGCUUGACAGUGUUCCGCUUAUUGCUAUCACCGGUCAGGUUCCCCGGAGAAUGAUUGGUACUGAUGCUUUUCAAGAAACUCCGAUUGUUGAGGUAACUAGAUCAAUCACCAAGCAUAACUAUCUUGUUCUUGAUGUUGAUGAUAUACCUAGAAUAGUGAAAGAAGCGUUUUUAUUAGCUUCUAGUGGUAGACCUGGACCUGUUUUGAUUGAUAUACCUAAGGAUAUUCAGCAACAGGUUUCCCUUCCGAAUUGGGAUCAACCUAUUAGGUUAACUGGGUAUAUGAAUAGGUUACCCAAGGCGCCGGAUGAGGCACAUUUGGAACAGAUUGUGAGGUUGUUAUUGGAGUCUAAGAAACCUGUUUUGUAUGUUGGUGGUGGUAGUUUGAAUUGUAGUGAGGAAUUGAGGCGUUUUGUUGAGUUAACUGGUGUUCCUGUUGCUAGUACUUUGAUGGGGUUGGGUUCAUAUCCUAGUUUGGAUGAGAAUUCGUUGCAGAUGCUUGGGAUGCAUGGGACAGUUUAUGCUAAUUAUGCGGUUGAUAAGAGUGAUCUUUUGCUUGCGUUUGGGGUUAGGUUUGAUGAUCGGGUUACUGGGAAGCUUGAGGCUUUUGCGAGCCGGGCGAAGAUUGUUCAUAUUGAUAUUGAUGCUGCUGAGAUUGGGAAGAAUAAGCAGCCUCAUGUGUCGGUUUGUGGGGAUCUGAAGUUGGCUUUGAAGGGGAUUAAUCAGAUUUUGGAGAGUAAUGGGAUAGAGCGUAAGCUUGAUUUUGGAGGUUGGAGAGAAGAACUGAAUGAUCAGAAAGUUAGGUUUCCGAUGAGUUAUAAGACGUUUGAUGAAGCUAUUCCUCCACAGUAUGCUAUACAGGUUCUUGACGAGCUUACCAAUGGGGAGGCUAUCAUAAGUACUGGUGUUGGACAACAUCAGAUGUGGGCUGCUCAGUUUUAUAGGUACAAGAGACCAAGGCAGUGGUUGACAUCUGCUGGUCUUGGCGCUAUGGGAUUUGGAUUGCCGGCUGCCAUGGGAGCUGCUGUUGCCAAUCCCGACGCUAUUGUGGUUGACAUCGAUGGUGAUGGAAGUUUUAUGAUGAAUGUUCAGGAAUUGGCUACUAUCAAGGUGGAGAAUCUCCCUGUUAAGAUAUUGUUGUUGAAUAAUCAACACUUGGGUAUGGUUGUCCAGUGGGAGGAUCGGUUCUAUAAAGCCAAUAGAGCUCACACCUACCUGGGAGACCCGGCCAAUGAGAAAGAAAUAUUCCCCAAUAUGUUGAAAUUUGCAGGUGCUUGUGGUAUACCAGCAGCUCGUGUGACAAAGAGGGCAGACCUUAGAGCAGCGAUUCAGAAAAUGUUAGAUACCCCUGGCCCCUACCUGCUUGAUGUUAUUGUACCGCAUCAGGAGCAUGUGUUGCCAAUGAUUCCUGCUAAUGGAUCCUUUGAGGAUGUCAUAACCGAGGGCGAUGGCAGGAUAAGUUACUGAUUUCCCAAGCUAGGUUCAUCUUGAUACUAGUUUUGUAUAAUAGUAAGCCAUAAUGUUAUAAUUUUUAUUUUAGUGUUCGUAAUAAGACAAAUAAGACAAACUUAUUUGUUUCUCUACAAUUUCCAUUUCCCUUAUAAAUAUUCCAUACUGUUUUGUUCAAAAAAAAUAAAAUUCCAUACUGUUCUUAUAAGUUAUAGCUGAUGUUUUAAUUGGUAUUA